CACACAGUUUUAAAUGAAAAACCGACACCUUUCCUCAUUCAACGAAUGAAGUACUUCAGGGAUACAUAUAUAAAUCUGGCUGUAUUUGUCCAUCAUUUGAUGAAUUGCUGAACACAUCCAUACCGAUUCUUCGAAAGUUUUUUCAACAUGGCAGUAGGAAGAGAAAAAUGCUUGGAGAUUGUGAAAGCAAACUUGCUGGUCCUUUUGACCUUAGUAGGGGCUGCAAUUGGAUUUAUAAUAGGUGUGAUUGUUCGGAAUACAAACCCAACAGACAGUACACUCAUGUGGGUUGGUAUUUUAGGGGAGGUUUACCUAAACAUGGUGAAAAUGAUGAUUGUUCCUCUGAUAGUAGCUUCAGUUAUAACAGGAACAGCUACCCUAGACCCUAAAUCAAACGGGAAAAUAAGUUUAGUUUGUCUUGGUUAUAUAAUGUCUAUGAAUUUCCUUGGAUGCUUAGUUGGUAGUGUACUUUGCGUUAUCGUCCGACCAGGUGAAAUUUCUAAAACAGAAGUGAAAGCUUUUAACUCGGUUCCUUUAGAAACAGAGGACAUUUUUGCUGAUUUACUGAGAAACAUUUUUCCUGGCAAUUUGAUAGCUGCGACAUUUCGCAAGACAAUGACGAGCUAUGAUACAGAAAAAUACCGGGCAAAUGAAACUAUAAAUGGGACAACCGUAGAAGUAAUAAAAACUAUGGUGACUGGAAAAAAUCUGUCGACUGCUAAUAGCACAAACAUUCUAGGUAUUUUAAUUGCCUGUGCUGUGUUCGGCAUUGCCACUGCCUCAGCAAAAGAAAUUGGACAACCUUUCUUCAAAUUCUUCUUCUCAGCUACUGAAAUUAUCUUGGUGAUUUUAGGAAAGCUAGUUUGGUUUACCCCAUUUGGCGUAGCAAGUUUGAUUGGUAAAACGAUUGGAGGAACAAAGAACUUGGAGGAUGAUUUCAGUAGACUUGGUUUAUACAUAGCGACACAAAUGAUUGGUUAUUUACUCAUCGUGAUGGCAGCAGUACCAAUUACGUAUUUCACUCUGAUGAAAACGAAUCCGUUUAGAUUUCUUUUCACAUUGGUUAAUGCUUUUGUUAUUGUUUUUGCUACUUCUAGCACAGCCAUGGCUAUUCCUGAGAGCAUACGGCAAUUAGAAGGACCAAACCAAGUGGACCGUAGAGUGACUCGGUUUGGUAUACCAUUAUGUGCAGCUAUUGGACGUUGUGGGAGCUGUAUUUACAUAAGUAUAUCAUGUCUGUUUGUCAUGCAAAUCACUGAUCAAGAUGUGGACGCUGCUUCAGUUAUUUUAGUCAUCAUUUUGACAGCAUUUUCGUCCUUGGCCGUACCCUCUGUAGCUGGAGCAAGCUUAAUUACUGUGAUCAUCUUGCUCACAGCACUAAAUAUCCCACCGGAAGCGGCAUCUCUUCUGUUCUCUUUCGAAUGGCUUCUAGACAGGAUGAGGUCAUGUACAAACUACAGCGUACAAUCAACCUGUGUAGUGAUUACACAGAAGCUGUGUAUGUCUUCGUUAAUGGCCGAAAAGAAAGAUGAGGAAGACAUUCAUGAAAUAAAUGAAAACGGCAAUGUAAUACAAUUAGCUCAAGUGGUCGAUGACGAAAAACACUUACAAGAGUAAACGUUUAACCAAUCAAUGCCUUUAUAAUUAUUUGCUUUAUGUACCUUAUUAGCCAAACGCUCAUUUGCAUCUAGUAGUUCUUCAUUGAAAUAGGUUUCUUCUGAUCAGUAUGCCAAGUCUAUCAUUAUCAAUAACAAUGUUAUGUACUCAUCAUAUUUGGAAAAGACCUCCAUUGUAUAUUUCUUUAAUAAUUAUUGUUAAAAAUAUGAUGCUAAUUCAAGCUUACGUUCAAAAUACACACCUUUGCAUAGUAAUUAAUUAAAUGCACU